UCCACUCGCAAACGCCUGAGCAGCCGCGCCUCUCCCCUUGGCAGAGGCCAUGGAGAUCCUGAUGCAACCUUGGGUGAGGUACCCGCAGCGGAGAGAGCUGCAGUGCGGGGACAAGGUUCACUUUAUGCAAGGGCAGCGGUCAGAGCACGGCCGCAUAGUGGAGAUACGUGAGUCUGUCUCCGAGGCUCUUGUGCAAACCUCGGAGGGCACGAUCACCGUGAAGCAGGACAAGCUGUUGCACCAGGCGCUGGUCGUGGCGGUGGUGGCUCCGGGCGCCGGCGUGGGAUCCAUCGGGGACAUCUUCCUGGAGCUUGACGCAGACCCAGACCUGCAGGUGGAGGUGGUUGGGCGCAAGGGCAUGCCCUACGACCGGUACCCCGAGUGCUGGGACAGCGGCACCGCGGCCCCCAACCUCCGCAGCUUCGGGGAGGACGUGGUGAGCAUCGGCCUCCACCGCCGUGCCGAUUGCGUCAUGUUCGGCUCCCGUGGAGGGCAAGUGGUGUUGCCCAUCAUGUGGGAUGCCGUGGGGGAUCAAAUUCCGCCCAGUGUUGUGGUCAACGGCGGCUGCGCGAUGCGCCUUCCUGGGCCCAAAGUCAAUUGGCCAGCAGGCGCGGUGACGGUCAUGCUCCUUGGCGGUCUGGAUUUCUUCCGAACUGGCUCGACCGCAGAGCAGUAUUUGACGACCACGUGUCAGUGCGUGUCCCCGCUGAACAAGACUACUGCGUUUCUCUUUGUGCCAGAGAUGAAGCACAUGCCGCAGCAGAGCGUGGCCCGUGUGGCGCUGCCAGCGCUGGUGUCCGCAGCGCUUGCCUGGUCCCAGGCGCCAGAGCUGCCACCGCAGCUGGCGCAGGCUGCGGAGGCGCUUAAUCGCCUGGGCUUCGCCUGCCUGCUGCGUUUCACCACCGCGCCUGGGCGCUGGGCAGAGCAGCAAUUCGGGCAGCUGCCGCCGGACCGGCAGCCACCUCCGCCGUCGCCAAGGGGUCCAAGGGCAGCGCGGCCUCCAUGUCCCCAGGGCACGGCUGUGUCGGUGCUGCCGGCCAGCCUGGCGGUGGCCGAUACCGCAGCGCGUCAUGAAAAGCUGGCCGAAGAGGCUAGGCAACUCGCAGGCAAGGGCGAUGCGCGGCUGCGAGAGCAGCUGCUGCAGUGGGCAGAUGGACAAGAUGCUGAGGCCUGGGCUGCGGAAGACGAUGAGCUCAAUAAGGCCAGGGAGAAGCGAAAGCCUGCAGCGCCUCCCGCCCAAAGGGAAACAACGUACGCCGUCCGCAAGGAGGAUUUGUACAAGGACAUCAAGGUUUUGCAUGCGCCGUCCGUUGGUUGGCCACGAGGGCCAACCAAUGGGUGGGCGUCGGUGCAAGCUCGUCCUGGAGUUUCAGCUGCGGCUGCGCGGCCUUAUGCGUACGCGGCAAGCCCGCCGCCCAGGACGAUGCCGCAGUACUCGUACUUGGUGCGCUGAUGAAGCUUUGAGGCGACAAGGCGCUUUGAUCAAAAAAGCCUCCCUGCAAAGCAGGGAAAGGCCACAGAAUCACUGGUGCCUUCUCCCUUACGAUGGUUAAAGGU